AUGUCUGGAAAGCUCGACCAAUCGCUCGACGCCAUCAUGAAGGACCGUCCAGCCGGCGCCCGCCGCGGAGGACGAUCUGGACGCCUGCCACCACGAAAGGCUGCUACCAAGACAAAGGCCGCGACCGCCGCCGCCGUCGCACCAGCCGGAGGUAUUGCAAAGAAGACUAAAGGCGCAAGGCCACCAAAGGGACCCGCUGCUGCGGCGCUCCCACUUACAGGAGAUAGCAAGAUUUCGGUCUCCAACCUGCCCGAGGAUGUAACGGAAGCGUUGAUUAAGGUGAAGGCGCACAAGUGGAGGUCGAGACGCUAUGCGUAUGCCCGUGAACAAUAUAUCGGUGAUGGCAACCCGAGUGCAGGCAUUGCGAAAGCUACAGACUACUUCAGCACCUCAGUUGCCCCAGUGAAGAAGGUUAUACUCAACUAUGGACCGACUGGCCGCAGCCGUGGAUCCGCCACGGUGUUCUUCAGCCGGUCAGGUGCGGCUGCCGAGGCCGUACGCCUUGAUGGUACACCUGUGGAUGGCAAGAAGAUGAGGAUAGAAGUGCUUGUCGAUGCACGAACGGUACCUGCGCCACAAGCACCGAAGCCUCUCUCCGAACGCGUUGUUAACAAGCCCAAGAAUGCGGUCAAGAAGGAUGGAAAACAAGCUGGUGCGGCGAAGCCGAAGAACCAAGCGGCCAACACCAACGGAAGCGCGGGAGAUAAGAAGGCCAAAAAAGAGAAGUCGGGGCGUGCGGGUCGAGCCAAGGCGAAGACUGCAGAGGAGCUGGAUGCCGAGAUGCAGGACUACUUUGGCAGUGGUGAAGGUGCAGCUGCCUCGACUAAUGGCGCACCGGCCGCCACCACGAAUGGCGGAGAUACGGGCAUGGUCGACGAGGUGAUGUAA